AGACCUUAGGCAGAGCGCAGAUUUUUGAGUCUCCAGAGAAUGCUGCUGAUCUACACUUGAGAACAGGCUAUUAACUGACAAGUCUACCGCUGUCUGGAUGCCCUUGUAUCCUGGGUGCAGAAGGAAAGAUGAAGAUUGGAAGGGAACACAGCCAAAGGCAAGUUCUGUUGAUCUUUCUCUUGCUGGGAGUGGUUGGGGCGGUCUGGGAACCCCGCCAUUACUUUGUGAUGGAGGAAACAUCCAGCGGCACUGUUUUAGCAGAUCUAGUCCAGGACCUAGGGCUGGGAGCUGCCGAGCUGGCUGCUCGAGGAGCCCAGGUAGUCUCUGAGGAAAAUGAAUUACGCUUGCAGCUUGAUCUACAGACUGGGAAGCUAAUCUUAAAUGAAAAACUGGACCGGGAGGAGCUGUGCGGCCCCACUGAGCCCUGUGUCAUUCAUUUCCAAGUGUUACUGAAAAUGCCACUGGAAAUAUUUCAAGCCGAACUACAAAUAGGAGACAUUAAUGAUCAUUCUCCCGAGUUUCCUGAAAGAGAAAUGACCGUGAAAAUCAUAGAGAAUAGCCCGGUUGGCACUGCAUUUCUACUCAAGACCGCGCAGGAUUUGGAUGUGGGAGAUAACAGCAUUCAGAACUAUACCAUUGGUACCAAUCCUCAUUUCCAUGUCUCCAUCCGCAACCGAGGUGAUGGGAGAAAAUACCCAGAGCUAGUGCUGGAUAAAGAGCUUGAUCGCGAGGAGCAGACAGAUUUCAGAUUAACUCUGACAGCACUGGAUGGCGGUUCUCCGCCCAGGACUGGCACCUCGCAAAUCCGGAUUAUUGUCUUGGAUGUCAAUGAUAAUGCCCCUGAGUUUGCACAGGCUUUCUACAGGGUGCAAAUUCUAGAGGACAGUCCCUUGGGUUCCCUGGUUGCUAAGGUCUCUGCUAAGGAUUUAGACACUGGGACAAACGGAGAGGUAUCAUACGCUCUUUUUCACAGUUCUCAGGAAAUGAGCAAAACUUUUGAGCUAAACGCCCUGUCAGGAGAAGUUCAUCUAAUUAAAGCUCUGGACUUUGAGACAAUAUCUUCAUAUGAACUAGACAUAGAGGCAUCCGAUGGUGGGGGAGUUACUGGAAAAUGCUCUGUUUCUAUUCAGGUGGUGGAUGUCAAUGAUAAUUACCCAGAAAUAAUUAUAUCAUCGCUAAUCAAUCCCCUCCCAGAAAAUUCACCAGAGAUAGAGGUGGCUCUGUUUCGGGUUCGAGAUCGAGACUCUGGAGAAAAUGGAAGGACAGUUUGUUCCAUCCAAGAUGGUGUUCCCUUUACACUGGAACCUUCCGUCGAGAAUUUCUAUAGACUGAUGACAGACGGAACUUUGGACAGAGAGAUCAAAGCUGAGUACAAUAUCACCAUCUCCGUCACCGACCUGGGCACACCCAGCCUCACAACCCAGCACACCAUAACAGUGCAGGUGUCUGACAUCAACGACAACGCCCCCGCCUUCACCCAAACCUCCUACACCAUGUUCAUCCGCGAGAACAACAGCCCCGCCCUGCACAUAGGCACCAUCAGUGCCACAGACUCAGACUCAGGCUCCAAUGCCCACAUCGCCUACUCGCUGCUGUCAGCUGAGAACCCACAGCUGGCCCUCACCUCGUUCAUCUCCAUUAACGCAGACAACGGGCAGCUGUUCGCACUCAGGGCACUGGACUAUGAGGCUCUGCAGACCUUCGAGUUCCACGUGGGCGCCACAGACCGAGGCUCUCCUGCGCUCAGCAGCCAGGCUCUGGUGCACGUGGUGGUGCUGGACGACAAUGACAAUGCACCCUUCGUUCUCUACCCGAUGCAGAAUUCCUCUGCACCCUGCACAGAACUGCUGCCCAGAGCAGCGGAGCCUGGCUACCUGGUCACCAAGGUGGUGGCUGUGGAUCGCGACUCUGGCCAGAAUGCCUGGCUGUCCUUCCAGCUGCUCAAGGCCACGGAGCCCGGGCUGUUCAGCGUGUGGGCGCACAAUGGCGAGGUGUGCACCACCAGGCUGCUGAGCGAGCGCGAUGUGCCCAAGCACAGGCUGGUGCUGCUGGUCAAGGACAAUGGCGACCCUCCGCGCUCUGCCAGCGUCACUCUGCACGUGCUAGUGGUGGAUGGCUUCUCUCAGCCCUACCUGCCUCUGCCUGAGGUGAGGCAUGACCCUUCACAGGAAGACGACUUGCUCACACUGUACCUGGUCAUAGCCUUGGCUUCUGUGUCUUCUCUCUUCCUUUUGUCUAUGCUGCUCUUUGUGGGGGUGAGGCUGUGCAGGAGGGCCAGGGAGGGCACUCUGGGUGUGUGCUCAAUGGCUGAGGGACACUUUCCUGGACACCUAGUGGAUAUCAGCGGGGCCGGGACCCUGUCCCAGAGCUACCAGUAUGAGGUGUGUCUUACGGGAGAUUCUCAGAGUAAUGAGUUCAAAUUCUUGAAGCCUGUAUUUUCCGGUAUUGCAGACCAAAACUAUGGUAGGCAACUAGGAGAUAACCCGUUCUCCCCAAGUAUUUUAGGCAUGUGAAACUUCGCAUUUUGCUCUCUGUAUUAUUCUCUCGCUUUUGCUUUUGCAUUUUCUUUUCAAAUCUGGUGGUAAUGUUUAUUUGUAUGUGUUUUUCGUUUUCUCUAUUAGUUUGCAUAAUACUAUUAUUGUUGCUUGU